AUGCUCGCGCGAGGGAUUGUGAAGGGGAAUCCGGCUCUGCGCCGCUACUUCUCCUGCGCGAGGGUUUCGCGUGCCGACUUCACGCAUGCGGUCAUUGGCGCAGGCGUUGUCGGACUAGCAGUCGCGCGACAGCUUGCAGCACGCGAAGGCACCUCGACCAUCCUCUUUGAAAGGCACGAUGCCCCCGGCACCGAGACCAGCAGUCGCAACUCCGAGGUCAUUCAUGCAGGCCUUUAUUACCCGGCGGACUCGCUGAAAACACAGCUCUGCAUCCGCGGCCGCAACAUGCUCUACGACCUCUGUGCCAAGCACGACAUCCCCCACCGCAACACGAAGAAAUGGAUAGUCGCCCAGACACCAGAGCAAUGGGAAGCCUGUCUUAAAGUACACAAACACGCGCAAGGGCUUGGCGACGCCCCGACCCGACUCGUCGGCCACGACGAAGCAGCCCGUCGCGAACCCGAUGUGAAAGCCGACGCGGGGAUAGUCGAGAGCGAGACAACCGGGAUAGUCGAUAGCCACUCGCUAAUGACAUAUCUCCUCGGAGACUUCGAAAACCUCGGCGGCGACACCGUGUUCAAGACGCGCGUGACGAAUGUCGAAGCUGCCAACGGCGAGUUCAGGAUUACCGCCGUUUCGGACGAAGACGGUUCGGAGACCACCAUCACCACCGAGACACUGAUUAACAGUGCCGGACACGGCGCCUGCGCUAUCAAUAACCUCAUUCUCCCGCCCGAGCGCCACCGCGUACCGUACUAUGCCAAGGGAACGUAUUUCUCCUAUGGCGCGUCGCGGCCUCGAACUUCAGUGCUCGUGUACCCUGCCACGUUACCCGGCCACGGCGGACUGGGAACACAUUUGACGCUCGAUAUGGGCGGGCGCAUUCGCUUCGGGCCUGACGUCGAGUGGGUCAAUGAUCCGACGGAUUUGAAGCCCAGUCCUGCGCGUCUGGAGCAGGCCAUCCCGGAGAUCUUGGCGUAUAUGCCCGGCGUGGACCCCGCGGCUAUUUCGCUGGAUUACUGUGGGAUCCGGCCCAAGCUGGGCAGGGGCGCGGGUGUCAAUGUUGGGAAGACGUUCCAGGAUUUUGUGAUUCAGGAAGAGGAGGGGUUCCCCGGGUUUGUGAAUCUGUUGGGCAUUGAGAGUCCCGGGUUGACGAGCUCAUUGGCUAUUGGGGAAAUGGUAGAUGGUAUUCUUUACCAGUAG